ACUUCAUAUUUAAAACAGGCCCAUUAAAUAAGCCCAAAGCCUUCACUCUUUUCUUCUUCACUCACCCACAAACCUGCGCAUCCUCCCAUUUUCUCCAUCCCUCUCCCUCUCCCUCUCCCUCUCCACGUCACUUUCUCUUUGUCAAUACGAGCUUCGUUGUUGCUCCUCCCUCCCGCCGGCGUAUAUGGCUUUCCGGUUUGGUCGUUCAAUUCUGCGUGGUCUCAGCAGCAAUGCUCUUGGGGCGAGCAGGCCAUCUUCCCAAUUGGCAGAUAUGGGGUUCUUAUCUCAACAAACAAGGACAUUCAUACAGAUGAGGACCAACCUUAAAGUGGUGGACAAUUCUGGGGCUAAAAGAGUGAUGUGCAUACAAGCAUUGAAGGGGAAAAAAGGAGCUAGAUUGGGGGAUGUAAUAGUAGCAUCGGUCAAGGAAGCACACGUUGGUGGGAAAGUGAAGAAAGGAGAUGUUCACUAUGCUGUUGUAGUUCGUGCUGCAAUGCCACGGGGCCGUUGUGAUGGGAGUGAAGUCAAGUUUGACGACAAUGCUGUUGUACUCAUCAACAAGCAAGGCGAGCCAAUCGGCACCAGAGUGUUUGGACCUGUUCCUCAUGAGUUGAGGAAAAAGAAGCAUCUCAAGAUUCUCAGUCUUGCCGAGCAAAUUGCCUAAAGUGUUAUCACACAGAUCUGCUUAUAUCUGUCUUUUUAUUCUCCUUUUUAAUGAGGUUAUGAACUGAUGUAGUGCUCGAAUCUAUAGUUGCUAUCUGUAUGAACUGAGCUUCGUUAUUAUUAUUGAAUAAAUUAGAUUACAGGCUUCGGAAAA